GUCACCUCCGAAAGCGUCGCAGUCCUUCAGAAAACUCGACCAAACAAAUUGAUUUUUCUCCCAAAUAUAAAAAAUAAUAAUAACGUACACCAGUAGGCGUUUUACACGGCAAACGACAAACAGCAAAGCGUUUUUUCUUAAAGUGAUCGAUCAGUCAAGAUGACAACUUCACAAGUUGACCAGAAGCGUGCCCAAAUUAAGCUAAAACAUGAUUUGGAACCAUUUCGCAAUGCCAUUGUUGGUGCUUAUGGCGUUCUCACCUGGGAAAAGCAAUACUAUGCCGGCAUUGUCUUUGGUGCCAUCAGUUUCUUGUAUCUGUUGCUGUGGUACCUAGACUUGUCAUUCAUAACGCUCUUCUCACUGCUAACAUUGCUAGCAUUUUUCAUGGACUUUGUGCUGCCAAUGGUGUCGCGUCUAGUUUGCAGCGGUGGCAAAUGGGAUGGCGAACAAGAGGCAAAGUUCGAGGAAGUUUGUGGCCAGUUGUAUAAUAUUAAAUCGCGGAUCGGGGAGUGGUACGAUUAUCUAUUCAAGGAGCGCAAGCCGACAUUGGUUGUCAUAGUCAUUAGCUUGGGAUUGUUAAUUUUGGCCUGGAUUGGUGCUAUCAUCAACAAUCUGUUGCUCAUGUAUUGCGCCACUGUAUUGGUUGCCUUGUGGCCCGGCCUGAAUGAAAAGGACGUGUUCAAGUCCAUGAUACAGAAGGCUUCCAAAAUAGUCAAUGAUAAAAUCCAAUAUGGCAAGAAAAAGCUGCAGUAAAUUUAUGGCAUUAUACCUUACGCAUUUUUAAAUAUGUAAUACAACCACAAAACCACGCAUUCACCACAUUUGACCAAAAAAAAAAGAAAGAAA